AUGGCUCCUCGCAGAAGGAACGCUACUCUCGCCACCGCUUCCGCAGUCGCGCUUCUAGGAGCUGCGUCGCUUGUCGUUACUACAUAUCCUCACCUGUUGGACAAAUUACCGUGGUGGAAAAAGAAGUCCGCCACCGAGAACAAAGAAUCCGAGCAAGACUCGUCUGCCGACACGUCAGAAAAUAUCGGAGAUUCGACCGUUGUUGUGCAAGAAAACCAGUUGAGCGAAAAGGAGCUCAAAGAGGUCCUCAAAGAGGUAAGUAGCUAG